CUGCCCCUUGGCGAUAACGUACGUCAUGGAGAGGCGGCACUGGAACAGAGCUGCUUAAUUUCUAUGUUCACUAUCAAAUUAGUAUCGGUGCGUACAGCACAUUUGAGAAACUCUGGGAUAUUACGCUCCAGCCAUGCGAUACACUAUAUAUACUUUCCUGUUGUGCAUCACGUAUUGGGUUUUACUGGUCAAGGGCGCAAGGAAAUUGGAUCAUGUGGAGCGUUACGAUGUAGUCCGACCUCAGAGACUGACUGGUCGGGUCAAAAGAAACAUUUUCUCAAACCAGGUUUAUCCUGACGAGUUACAAUAUGCAUUAACCAUUGAUGGAGAGAACCACACUAUUCAUCUGGAGAAAAAUAGGCAACUUAUUGGGAGGCAUUACGGUGAAACACACUAUUCAGAAGAUGGAAGGCGGGUGACAACAUUUCCAAAUUAUGAGGACCACUGCUAUUAUCAUGGUCAUAUUCAAGGCAUUGAGGAUUCAUCCGUUAGUGUUGGAAUCUGUUCUGGCAUUAGUGGCUUUGUGAGGGCUGAGCAGAAAGUCUACCUGGUUGAACCUUUAGGAGACUCUGCCGAUGGGGAGCAUGCUCUGUACAGACAGGAGCACCUCAGAGCCAACAAUACCAGCUGUGGUCACUCCAACGACAGCACGGUCUAUGACCAUGACCAGGGACCGGCCCCCAGACUCUUAGGCCUCUUCAAGUCCAAAGGCUGGAAAAGUAAACCCAUCUCUGGGCCUCAAAGAUUUGUGGAGAUGUAUCUGGUGGCUGACUAUGCAGAGUACAAACAAUUUGGAAGCAAAACCCGAGGUCGAAUGCUGGAAAUUGCCAAUCAUGUUGAUAAGUUGUAUCGGCCAUUGAACAUCCGGGUCAUGCUUGUGGGGUUGGAGAUAUGGACUACUAGGGAUCACAUUGACGUCACGAUCAGUCCUGAGAACACCCUGAAUGGGUUUCUCCAGUGGCGCCAAGACGACCUUCUGAAGAGGGCAAAACAUGACAAUGCCCAGUUUGUCACUGGUAAAGAUUUCUUGGGCGAUACUGUCGGACUGGCAAAUAAACUUGCCAUGUGCACUGGAAGUUCAGGUGCAGUCAACCAGGACCACAACAUAAACCCUAUUGGCGUUGCCUCAACCAUCGCUCAUGAGAUGGGCCACAACCUGGGCAUGUCCCAUGAUACCUCAGGCUGCACCUGUGGGACAUCGCUGUCCAACGACAACUGUGUCAUGGCAGGUCGGGUCAGGUCAGAGUACCCAGGGCUGUUCAGUGGCUGCAGUCAGGAGCAGCUGAGUGACUUCCUGGAGAGAGCCAAUCCCAGAUGUCUGCUGGACACACCUGGCUCUGAUAGGCUGUAUGUGGGGGCUGCCUGUGGCAAUGCCUUCCUGGACCCGGGAGAAGAGUGUGACUGUGGAACUGUGGAGGAGUGUAAGAAUAGCUGCUGUGACCCCACUACCUGUCGCCUCACUGAGGGAUCCAGCUGUGCUCAUGGAGCAUGCUGUGAAAACUGCCAGCUGAAGCAAGUAGCCAGUUUGUGUCGAAGAGCUUCCAGUGACUGUGACUUGGCAGAGUACUGCACUGGAACAUCAGAGCAUUGCCCAGAAGAUACCUUUCAGAUGAAUGGGAAACCUUGUAGCUAUGGUCGGGGCUACUGUUACAAUGGGCAAUGUCCGACACUUCAGCAGCACUGCAAGAGACUGUGGGGACCAGCGGCACAAGUAGGCACGGAUUCCUGCUUUAAUCUAAACCUGGGUGGCAAUGAAGGAGCCCACUGCGGAAGGACCAAAAAUGGCUUUGUUCGCUGCACACCACAGAAUAUGAAAUGUGGAACACUAUUUUGCUAUGGAGGAGAUGAGUAUCCCAUCACUGGGCAGAAGGCCUUCUACAAUAUGCAGGGAGGGGGGACAUGCAACAUAGCAGUGGACCAGGACAAGAUAAGAUCUCUGGACAUGGUCCCAACAGGAACUAAAUGUGGUGUGAAUGAGGUUUGCUAUGAUCACAAAUGCCAAGAUGUCAAAGUCUAUGGUCAAACGGAGGACUGUUCAUCCAAAUGCCAUAACAAUGGGGUGUGCAACAACAAGGGACAGUGCCACUGUGACCCAGACUGGGCUCCACCCUACUGUGACGUCAAGUAUUCAGACUUGCCUCAAGACCAGUUUGGGGUGGUAGCUGGCAUCUCAGCAGCGAUAGCUGUGUUGUUGCUGCUCACUUUCCUGGUUGCAGGACUGAUGUGCUGCAAGAAAAACAAGAGAGAAACCUACACCUCCAAAAAGAAAGUCCACUCUACCUCCGGCCAGUUGAACCCAAUGUUCCGGGAGAGGGGUGAGAAGGGCAAACCUCUGAGCAAGCCCCCCCAAAUUAGCCAACCCACCUUCAUGGAGUCAUCUGCAACACAAGCCUGCACCGCUCUGUUUGUCACUGUGGUCCCUUCCAGGCCCCCUCCACAGCCACCAAAGAGCUUGCCUGCAGUGCAGCCACAGUCUCGCAUUGAAGCGACUAAACCUCUACCUCCAUCAAAGCCUUUGCCGACUCUGAGUAGCAAACCGAAAAUCAAGCCUGUCGUCCCAGUGCCACCAGUCAAGUCCAGUCCUUACCCAGUGCCACCAGUCAAGUCCAGUCCUUACCCAGUACCUCCAGUCAAGUCCAGUCCUUACCCAGUACCUCCAGUCAAGUCCAGUCCUUACCCAGUGCCUCCAGUCAAGCCCACAGCACCAAAGCAGACCUCAGGAGGAGCAAGCCACAAGAUUGCAUUGAAGCCUCCCCCCAUGCCACGUCGAUGAUGACUGCUGCAUGGAGCAGUAUGGUGACUCAUAGGAAGACAAGGCUUUGAGGAGGAGCCUAGUCCUUGUUUCAGGCUCUAGGAGGUCCUGGAGGACCGAGUCUAAAGUCAACUGUGGAGAAUGUCUUUGAAGACUCAACAUCAACAUGGUGGUGUCUCAAAAUGUCCUCCUCAACCACUGUGGAAAAGUGGUUUGGAAAGUGCUGGAACAGAAUUGCUGGUGCAUUUCUCACGCAGUGUUUUUUUAUUAUAUAUAUUUUUUUUUAAUAAUAAUUGUAUAUAAAACUUCUUUUUUUUUUUACAGUAGACCACUCCCUUUUAAAUAAACCUAGCAGUUGUACUUGUUUUUAUAGGCUGCUUCAAAAAAAAUGAGGGGGAGAGCCUCAUGGUAUUGUACAUAUGAAUGUUCAUUUUAAGUUUGUCAUGUGCUCAAGCCAUUGUGUCUCUUUUUUUAAACGAAAAUGUAUUUAUUACAUUGAUAUUAGUUCUUUUUUCAAAGAUAUUACUAAUGUUACAAGUGAGAGAUAGGCUUCCUGAAAUGAAAUACUGUACGUAUUAUACCUGCUUAUUGUGAUAUGUGCAAUAAUCCAGUCCAAUGCAUCCUUGUUCUUCAAAUGGCCUUGGAAACUGUUGAUUGUAAUAUAAAUAAAAAUGUGCCUAAACAAA